AUGGCCAUCGUCACGACAGUUCCACACAAAGUCUACGCACCCAAAGGCUUGUCGGGGUCCAGAGGGGCGGCGCGCGACUCCAGGGUCAGGCCGAGGCACGCGCCAGAAAGUCCCAGUUCGCUCAGCAGGAUCCUCAUGCGGCCGAGCACAUUGCACUCACUGCACGCGCACUCACUCACAGUCAGUCGGUACUCGGUAGUCAGCGGUCGCGAUGCGCGGAAGUACGCGCUGGCGGACGGGCGGUGCGAUACUGAGGCCGCCGCCGCCGAGGCUGGCGGCUAUAUCGCGCCGCCUGACGUCAUAACUACGGCGUCACCGCCG